ACAAGUAGCUCCAGGAAAAGAACACACCGGACAGAUUCUUCGGAGAUAAAUCCAAGUCGCAGCCUUCGUUUAAUUUCCAAUCGCAUUUGACUGUCUCUCCCUCUUUCCUCGAAAAUCAAUCGCGUGAACUUGUUGUAAAUUCCCCUCUAUUUAGGCUCUUUUCUUUCUAUACCUCUGUUCUAAAAAAUCUGUAUAUACAUCCCUGUUCAUUUUCUUCCUCAUGCUUCUCAAAUCGGCGCUGGAUCUUUAAAUUGUUCAAAUUUGUUGCUGUACAGACACAUAUCAAAUUGUCUGUCUGCUUCUUUUCUGGCAGUGGGUUUUACAAAACUGUCCAUAGGCGUAGAAAAGAAGAAGUCUUUGUCGCUGAAAAUCAUUGCAGCUUGAAGAAAUUGCUUGUGUGUUUCCGGGGAGAAAUUAAAUAGUUUGCUGAUUCAUAUAUUUGACUUUAUAUUUUUUUAAAGAAUUAUAUUUAUUGUUAGUUUGGGAUCACAAACCAGUCAUAUUAGGCGAAGCGAAGAAGAAACAUGACGGUGUCUACUAUAGCUUUAUGUGCUAGCCCACCGAGCAGUGUGUGCUCCACUGCGCACCCUUGCCAUAUCAACACCUAUGCAUCAUACGAUUUCGACUUGGGUUCGCGAUCGUCCUCAUCGUCGUCUUCCACGACGGCGUCCACAUCUCAGAAACCGGGAAUGAGUGGCCUCUCGUGCUUAUUCUCCUCGCCGACGGUGAAGCCCGUUCCUUUGUCGAGCUUUUCCGGUGGCGGAGAGGAAUUGGGUUCUUUGUCUGAAUUGAAGGAGCUGAGCAGCUCCUUUUCCUAUUCGCCGAGCAAAUUUGUUGGAUCUUCUUGGAAAAGAGAUCAGAGCCCCGUUUCGGUAUUCCAAGGACCCGUUUCAUGUAGUAGCAGUAGCGUUUCUGGUUCCGCAAGGAGUUCCCCAAUGAGGAUCGGAGGCGAUAGCUCGAUUCGAUGUCGGGACAGUGGAUUGUUAGAUGGCUUUGUGAGAAAUUCAUUGGGUUCAUGCUUGGAUUACAAUUCGCGAAGUUUCGAGUUUCGUGGUGGUGUCUUAGAUUUGGGUUCUUCAUCUUCCAUAGCGGAUGAACUGACCUUUAAUUUGGAGGAUUCUUUUGUCGGGGUAACUUUCGAGCCGUACGCUAGAGAAUUGCUUGUGGGUGCCCAGUUGAAACACAAGAUCUUUUGUGAAGAAUUCGUCAUUAAGGCUUUCUGCGAAGCCGAGAGAGCGCAUAGAGGGCAGAUGCGAGCUUCUGGUGAUCCAUAUUUGCAGCAUUGUGUUGAAACAGCUGUUCUGCUUGCUCUGAUUGGUGCCAAUUCCACAGUUUUGGCUGCAGGGCUUUUGCACGAUUCACUUGAUGACUCGUUUUUGACUUACGAUUACAUCUUUGGGGUUUUUGGCGCUGGGGUUGCUGAUUUAGUUGAAGGGGUUUCUAAGCUAAGUCACUUGAGCAAGCUUGCACGAGAGAACAAUACAGCCAGCAAGUCAGUUGAGGCGGAUCGGCUGCAUACCAUGUUCCUUGCCAUGGUUGAUGCAAGAGCUGUUCUCAUCAAAUUGGCAGAUCGCUUGCACAAUAUGAUGACACUAGAUGCUCUGCCAGUGGCCAAGCGGCAAAGGUUUGCGAAGGAGACCUUGGAGAUUUUUGCACCUUUGGCCAAUCGAUUGGGAAUAUCUAGUUGGAAGGAGCAAUUGGAGAACUUGUGUUUCAAGCAUCUCAAUCCAGAACAGCAUCAGGAAAUUUCUUCAAAGCUUGUGGAAUCAUUCGAUGAUGCAAUGAUCACUUCUGCUAUAGAGAAAUUAGAGCAAGCACUUAAAGAUGAGGGAAUUUCUUACCAUGUCCUUUCUGGGCGGCACAAGAGCCUGUAUAGCAUUUAUUGCAAAAUGCUGAAGAAAAAGCUAACCAUGAAUGACAUUCAUGAUAUUUAUGGGCUGCGCCUGAUUGUUGACAAGGAGGAGGACUGUUAUAAAGCCUUGACAGUUGUUCACUGGUUAUGGUCUGAGGUACCUGGAAAGUUCAAAGACUACAUUCAACAUCCUAAGUUCAAUGGGUAUAAAUCUCUGCAUGCUGUUGUGAUGGGUGAAGGCAAGCUUCCCCUUGAAGUACAAAUCCGGACAAAAGAGAUGCAUCUGCAAGCAGAAUUUGGAUUUGCUGCUCAUUGGAGAUACAAGGAAGGUGAUUGCCAGCAUUCUUCAUUUGUGCUUCAGAUGGUUGAGUGGGCUCGAUGGGUUGUCACCUGGCAUUGUGAGACAAUGAAUAAAGAUUGUUCGGCUGUGGGAUGUGCCGAUUCAAUCAAGCCGCCAUGCAAGUUCCCUUCCCAUGCUGAUGAUUGCCCACAUUCUUACAAGCCCCAUUGUGGUCAGGAUGGCCCUGUGUUCAUCAUCUUGAUCGAGAAUGAUAAGAUGUCAGUCCAAGAGUUUCCUGCAAACUCGACGGUGAUGGACUUGCUGGAAAGAGCUGGGCGAGGAAGCUCUAAAUGGACCCCAUACAGAUUUCCAUUGAAAGAAGAACUAAGGCCAAGACUGAACUAUGACCCUGUGAGUGAUCCCAAGUGUAAGUUGAAUAUGGGAGAUGUGGUGGAGCUUACACCUGCCAUACCUGACAAGUCUCUGACAGAAUAUAGGGAAGAAAUCCAGCGUAUGUAUAAUAGACAGUUAACUGUACCUGCACCUGCUUCAACUGGCAUGGUUGGCUCAAGAAGCUGACCGUUGUUUGGUUUUAACAUGACAAAGAUACUAUAGUUAGCGACACUUAAUUGCACAAAUGCAUAUUUGUACAGAACACCUCUAUUUUUCCGCCAUCAACUCGCUAACUUCGAUUCAAUGAUAAUGCUCCGGAUGAUUGAGGGCA